AGCGUGGAUACCGACAGCUCCAGUCAGCGCAGAGCACAAUACUGUCACUUUACGUGGGUAUGGACUUUUCAGCCAAGAUGGGGAGUUUUCAUAUUCAAGCAACACAAGUUUAUCAGCCUCUCUUUGUCUGAACAAUAGCUCUAAAGUGAACAAACAGUCAGUGCGGCGCGUUAACGGUUUGUGUCUCCGCGUGCUUUUCUUCAGGAUGUCAGGUUUCUUGAAAAGCCGGUAACGACACGAAGUGAGUUUGCUGAAUGUUCAGCAUCACACAAAAGGGAUCGACGACGGAGUUGAGCGAUUUAGACAAGUGUCAUUUCGCUUCUGAAUGUUAUAAAGCAACAUCGGGGGCAUUUUUGUUUUGCGUCUUUAACAAAAUGGAACAUUUAGCUGCAGAGUGCCUUGUGUCUAUGUCCAGCCGCGCAGUCGUUCACGCUCCUAAAGGGAACAGGGAGAUCCGACCCGAAACUGCGCCUGCACCCAGGAACGGAGAAGAGGCCAAGGAAGCGCUGGUGAAGGACAACUCUUCUCUCUUUGUCGUGGCGCGGAUUCUGGCGGAUUUCAAUCAGCAGAGCCCUACGAAUUUCGCCGAACAGGCAAAAACGAAAGAAGAGAGCAUGCCACCAACCCCAACGCGAGAGGAUGGGAACUCUGCCACACCUACCGCCGUCCCUGCCGACUCUGCCCUUAAACAAAGAGGCAAGCGAUGGAGGGCUCGCGCUGAGCAGGAGUCCCCGCAGAAAAAGCACAAAUGCCACUAUUCUGGCUGCGAAAAAGUUUAUGGCAAAUCAUCACAUCUCAAAGCUCACCUAAGGACACAUACAGGAGAACGGCCCUUCCCGUGCACCUGGCCUGACUGCAGUAAGAAGUUUGCUCGCUCGGACGAGCUGGCACGCCACUACCGCACACACACGGGAGAAAAGAAGUUCGGCUGCCCACUGUGUGACAAGCGCUUUAUGCGCAGCGACCACUUGAUGAAGCACGCUCGCCGCCACUCCGACUUCCAGCCAGCCAUGCUGAAGAGGCAGCAAGGAGGCAGCGGCACGCUGAACACAGCGAGCAGCACACGACCCGGAUCGCUGAGCGACUACAGCCGCUCGGAUGCCUCUAGCCCCACACUCAGCCCCACACUCAGCCCAGCCAACUCGCCUUAAACCCGCCUGCACUUUUCCGCCCUCUGCCCCCUGCAGCUCAGUGCUGUUUUUUUUAAACUCAAAUUCUUUUCUGUCAAAAGUAGUGAUGUUGCACACUUGUUAGCCGCCACCUCUCUUUGCUAAUCCUUUCGCUUGCUGUGGUGUACUCUACUGUACAUAACUGCUUCCUGUAGUGCAAUUUUUUUUUUCUCACCAACUUCAAAAAAGAGAAAAGCAGAAAACAGAGAAGAAAAUGCCUUUUCCAGAUGGCAAUAUUUACCAUAUGUACCAUAUGUCUGUAUUUUUUAUAGUCUCUGGCCUCAGCCAGUUUCCAUUGUAUUUUUGUUGCUCUCUUUUGAUCAAAUCUGUUCAAAUGAACAAAAAUGUAGACAGAAUUAACAGGUAUAAAUUUGUUUUUUUGUUCCUCUCUUUUUUUUUUUUUUAAUUUAUGACGGGUUAGGGGGAGUGGCGCACACACACACCUCAGGAUUCUAGACAGUUGUUUUUCUUUUCUUCUCCUUUAAUAUUCACACUGACUGCACAAUACAAGCAUCACUUUACUCUGAAAUUCAACAGGGGUUGAAUUUUGUGCCCUGCUCAGGGAUGGCCUUGUUAGCUUGAAAGAAUGAACAUGAAGAGAAAACAUACAUAAAACAGCCUUACACUCAACAAAAAAAUUGCACUCUUCCUUUUGUUUUUUUUUAUUUUUAUUGGUGUUCACAUCAGGUGAAACUAGUACUAGGUUUAACAGUCAUAAAAACUCAAUAUCUGAUCUGGCUGUAAGACGUGGUACCCCAGCAUAGGGAUUGGAAUGGAGUGGAAGUCAUUGUGUAUUGAGACUGGAAGUAACUCUUUUUGUUUUUAACAUUGCUAUCUCUAAGACUCUUUUUCCCACAAAACUGUGAGGGUUGUUCUGGAUAGGUCCUCAUUUUAAAGGCUAUGUUAUAGUGGUAUAAAUCCAAUUUUUUGGUCUAGAUCUGACUUAUUGAAAUCUGCAUGAAGAUUAAAAAAAAUAUUUUGAAAUCAGAUUUAAACCACUAUUAUAUGUGCACCUCAUUUGUGUGUGUGUGUAUAUAUAUAUAUAUAUAUAUAUAUAUACACACACACACACACACACACACACACACACACACACAUAUAUAUAAAAUAUAUGUGUGUGUGGUCAUACAACCGUGAGUCAGAUUAAAGUCUUUUUUGUUUUUAUUUAUUUAUUUUUUUACAUCACACUUCACUGCACAUGAUUGUGUAACUUCGUGGCAUAAUUAUGGUGGAGCGUCCUCAUGAUGUUAGUGAUUUCAUAAAUAUGUGCAUGUGCCACAUUUCAGGGCAGAGCUUUGUUCACACAGUAAGGACAGAUAUUGCGUGAACCAUCAAGGCGAAAAAUCGGAUUUGAGCCACGAGGCUGGUAGUGUGAACAUAGCUAAAGAAAUCCCUACAUUGUGUGAAUGUAGGCGAUAAAACUGCCAUUACAUGCACCACCUUCCCAAUGAGGAGAAUAGAUCCCACUGCUCUCCUUACAGGACUGAACCAAAUCCCCUAAAAUGUGGAGGAUAAAGUUUCAAAGCAGCAGCACUGCACCAUAAAGACUGCACAUGCAUCAGCUUCAGGUUUUUUCCACAACAGUACAGAUUUAACAUACAUAGCAAGGGACUUUGAUUCCUGUGAUUUGUUUUUUUGUUUUUUUUUUUUGUUUUUUGUUUUUUUAAAGAAAAGAGAAUUAACAGGAAAAGCACACAAGAAGAAACCACCAAAGACUAGACGGCGUGAAGGUGAGAAUAGGAAAGCUUUUCUGCCAGUGAUAUCCAGAGCUGGGGGAAGGGAGAUACAUUGGCAGUCUCAGGUAACGACAGAUGCCUCAGCUGUGUGACCUUACCCACCUUACUCACUGCCACCUGCCAAUUAGGAAACGGCUGUUCAAAACCAGGCUAUUCAUAGCAUGCUGGAGAGUCACUGCAAUGGUGCUAUCCUCAGCGUGCCUCUCUCACUCCUCCUAGAAAGAGGCAGACAGUGAGAGGAUGGAUGAAGUGCUGAAGGGUGUCCCCAGGGUCUUUGCCCUGGCAGGCUAAAUGCAGCCUGGAAGACUGCAGGUCUUACGAGAGGAGUAAGCUGGAAACUGGGCUGGGUUGCUGGGGCAGUAAUGGGAGAUUGUAGCUUGCCUAGAGAACAAAAGCAACUAUCUGGACAAGGCAGGAAAGAAAGAGCUGACCCCGAGGGAGCCAGAUAAAGACAUGGGCUUUAUCAUAAGCCAAACAGUUCAGCAGAAGAGACAGCCAGUCAGCUCUCCCCUCUGGCUCUUGAACUGGAACACAGCCCUCCACUCCUAUGCGUGCUGCCCCUCUUCCUGCCCACCCGCUAAGUGCUAACGGAAGAAGGAGCAUCCCGUCAUCUAUCAGUGUUCUGCAAAUGGCGCAGGGUGGUGGAUCUCCUCUGAUUGGAUGCCAUCGAAAUUUGAGGACACUGGAUUUCACAAGAAAGGAAGUUGAACAAAGGAGUUAAGGGCUUGUGAACAAUGAGAAUGCUUAUGGUAUCAAUUAAAAUUUCAAGCAUAUCCUGUCAGAUCUGGAGUUCUGAAUCCUUGGAGAAGAAAAGAAAGAUAAAUUUACUGUUUUUCCAGUACUAAGACCUUCCAGACUUUACUCAGCUACAUCUUUCUUUUUUCUUUGACCGGCUGCUUUAAGACAGUUGCAUUCAUCAGAAUCAAAUGAUAAGACAAGGCAGCACACAGCUGUAAGACUCUUUGGACUUUUUACGUUCUUUGUGCAUCAAGACCUCUACAUAGACUUCUUUACUGUCGCAGAGACACUGAUUGAAGCAGUCAGUGUUGCUGCUAAACACAUUACCUCAAUAUACCAUUGUAGCAGCUGCUUUCAAACUUGAUCCUCAUUAAACAGGGGCAUUAGACUCAUGAAAUAUUGUUGCUACCAAAUCCAUGCAGUAACAAAUACAUAUCAUUUAAGCAAACAGCAGUUUACCGUCCUUUGCUUGCUGAAGCUUGGGAAGAUGAAGGACCUGUGUGAGAAAGUGGUCUUAUGUUUCUACGAGCCAUUCCUCACAGCUAUGCCUCAUCAGCUCAGGCCAGAAGCUCACAAAACCUGCCAUGAAUAGAGGCACCACUGUCUAAACUAUUUUGGCACUUGCCUCACACACACACAUGCACAUACUUACACACUGAUGCACACACUCAUUCACCCAUCUCACACUUGUCAAGUCACUUUCACAUGCUCUGUGUUAUCCUCGUCUCACUUGUCAUGCACGUGCUUAUUGCAUUUAACUCUUUAUCACUCCGUGGAGGGAGAUGGGACAAGGGCACGGCGGCACUACCCAGCUGGGGAUGUGGUAUCCCUGGACUGCAGGAGCAGGUGAAGGCCUGUGAAUACCAGGCCUUGUCCCUCUCUUCACCCUCCCUCCCCCUGUCUUUCUCCUCCCUUCCCUUCCCUUCCCUUCCUUCCCUUCCCCCAGGGCCUCGCAGCCAGAGUCUUUCAAAACAGCACACAUAAUCAAAGCUUUCUCUCUUCUCUCUCUGAAGAAAACACCCAUAACAAAAUGAAACAGCAUCACACGUGCAUUACUCCUGCUGCAAGGCCACACAUAAUGCUUUCUCACUAUUAGGUCAUUUUAAACAGAUUCCAGAGGUGUAGGAAUCAAAAUGUCAACCAAUUCCACUGUGUUAUAGCUAACACUGGAACACUAAUUUAGUAAGUGCUAAUUAGCUAAAUGCCCUCUAGGCACACCUGUCAUCAACCAACCAUAAAGAGGAGAUAAUAACACCUUUCCAUUCAUAUUGCUGACAUAUGCUGACCAUCAGCUUUUACUCAUACCACCAUAGAGCUGUGUGUUGCAGUGCACUGGAAGUGCUGUAGGUCAUCUGUGUGUUUUCUACACUGCUGGUCAGAGAACACGGUGACUUCUCCUCUGUCUCUAAAACUCUCCUCUGUCCAAAACCAGUAGCUGUUCAAAUAGCACCCAUGACCAUGACUGGUCUUUAAACUGUUCUCACUAUCUUGGGUACUAGUGAGAUUAUAAUGUAAUGAGUAAAAUGUUUCCAGUCUCUGGCAUCCACUUUAGUCACCUGUCACAGGUCAGUGUGAGACAUGUAAAAAAACAUGCAUUUUCUUUCGCUCCAUAUAUUCACUGUACUGAAACGACUUGAAUCAGAAACGAGACCAUUGAACAUAGAUUGUGGCAUGUCUAGGGUAAAACUGUACUUGCUCUGUCCUUAGCUUACAAUUCAACUUUGUGUGAUUAUAGAUCAUGGAUGUAUUCAUCUGGCUUUGUUUAUUUGUAAUAUAUAUUUCUGUGUUGUUUAUUAUUAUUAUUAUUAUUAUUAUUAUUAUUAUUAUUAUUAUUAUUAAUAUUAUUAUUUCCAUUUUCUGAAUGAUAAAAGCAUAUUUAGUUCAUGUUUUUCUGAUUAUUGUUAUUUUUGUUUUACAUUUUAAUCUCAGUUUUUUAAGCCUUGAGGAAGACAAGCCCCAAGAGUUCCCUCUUUAUGCAGAGACACUGAAUCUUUGUUAUAAGCAGGAUAUAGAUUUUUUUUUCCUUUCAAUGUUGUGGAGAGAAGUGGGAUAAAGGGGUGAAGUUAACUUUUAUAAGGCUAAUCUUUUCUUCUUUAAUGCCUUGCACAUGAUUGAUAUAAUUAGCUUCAUUUUCAAAUGACACAUAACCAUAGAGACCAUAGCAUUGUGAAUAGGUAGUGUAGUCCCAUGCUAUUAUUAUUGUUACAUUUUAUUAUUCUCUCCUUGGUUAUAGAUGACCAUUGUGUUACUCAUCAUGUUUUUCCAAACUUGUACUUUACAAAGCAACUCAGAAGGUUAUGAAGUAUGAAGUAUUUUGUUAUUAGAGUGGUAUAACUGAAAUUAUGGGCCAACUAUCAUGUCAACAUUACCUAAUUUAUUAAUAUUCAUUAACUCAGACUGUAAAGUUGAAAAAGAAAAUAAUUAAAUGUUUCAUGAAGUCCUUUAAUGUUAAUCAUGAAUCACAUUUAACUAUACAAAUUUACCCAAAUUAGCAUAAUUUAUUUUCUAUCUGUUGCCAGAAUUAUACUAAUCGAUAUUAGUAGAUUUUGAUUUUGGGAAAUGUAACUAAUAUUUUUUAAAUAGCACAUUAGCUUUGAUAAUAAGUGCCAAAGGCAUUAAAGUAGCAAUUCCAGGAGAAACCCUUAGAAAAUUAAUGCAUAUUCCAUAAUAGGUGACAUUAACUAAAUAACCUUGUACAGUUUUCUAUGAGUGAUGUGUUUUUAAGUACGUGUACAGGACUGAAUGAUGUGCAUUAGACACCCAAGUAUUCUUAAGUUUAACUCUUUUUUUUCCUUUUGGUGUGACAUUAAUGUAGCUUUAUGUUGGUUUUUGUCUGAUUAUAUUGCUUUCUUAAUUUGUCUUAUGCUGUACAAUUUAGAACAUACAUGGUUAAAUAUCCUAAACUCUUGGAUGCUAUUAUUGUUAUAUUAAUCAGAAGUGAAAACCCAACCAUUCCAAAGGAUUGCAAUUUCAUUUGCUGUAAAUGUGCUGCUUAUAUCAAACCAAUGCAUAGAAGCUACAUUACUUUUAUGUAUUUAUUUUAUGUUCUGUUUUGGACUGUGAUGUAUUUUACUGAAAUACAUUUGUGACUAGUUAAUUUGGGUACUUUUCUUAACAUUGCAUACUUUUUUUCUGCUGUUUUGGCAAUGCGCUUAUACUAUAUUUAAUGGUGCCUACUGGACAAAAUAGACACAACCAUUCAUGUUGGGACAGGAUAAGCAGUAAACCCUGAGCCUCUCAUAAAAGGGAUUUUGCAAGUCUGCUUGCUUGUGUACACGCAGGUGUGCAUUUUAUUUUAUCGGCAUUCCCAUGAAAAGUGAAAGACAGACAUGCAAAACAGGGGUUAGGCCCAUGGAACUGUUGCAUGGAACACGGGCCAAAGUGGUACAACGCACCUGCCACUUGAGCCAUCAAGCAAAUUAACCCACACUGUACAAUUAAUUGAAGUUCAGCACUGGGUUCCUGUAACUAGAGCCUCACUGGGUUGUCACCAAAGACUUCUAGGGUGGAUGAAUUUGGGGAUGUUUGCAUUUGCAUUAGCUGGAAUUCAGGCUGCCAUUUCACAAAGCACAUUAGAGUGCUUUCAACUGAAAGGAAAAAAAAAAUGUUUAUCCUUCAAAUCAUAUGACUCAUUGGGUUAUUCCCAAAUGUGUCUGCCAGGAAGUUAAGGAAACAAAAGAGACCCUUUGAGUAAUGAACAAAGCCACGGUAAACCGAAUGGCUCACUCGAUGUGUUAAUUGCCCAAGUAACACAUAUCUGUGAAGACUUAUGUAGACUGUUGUUUGCCCAUUAUUGCCUAUAUGUUCUUCUGGUCAAUAUAACCCUAGAAUGAAGGGUGUUCACAGGUAGAAUAGCACUGUGCUUGUGCAGGUUAGUUUUUCUCCAAAGAAUCCAUGUUUGGCAGUAAAUGCCAUUCAGUAAUUGUGUGGCCUGGGAGGGAAACCCCCUGACAUCAAGUGUUAGCACAGUUUAGGAAUUACUGGAAACAUCCUCCACAUAAAAAUGUAAAUGUUUACCAGGGGAAAAACAUGUUUUCGUUGUUGGCGUCAUGUUGAUACCAUUAAUUCCUCAAAAUAUUUCAAAUUUGGGGGAUUAAACUGUGUAUUUUCACUGUACAUGAAGGCUUGGAAAAUACGGUCAUGCUCUUACGCUUGGUCACUGAUGGAGACUGAUGCUUUUAAAGCAUGUGGUCAUUUGUGUCAGUUUGGUCUUCUCUUAAUCUGCAUGGUCAGACUCAAACACACAACUAGCCUUUUGGAAGCACGCAGCGUCCAGUGGUGUCAGCAGGGACAAGGCUGCUGUCGUAGCAGCUGUUAAUGAGCACGCAUGACUGGAUUACUAUAGGAGGCUCAAACUCAGAACCGCCCAUACCUUCGCUCCUCUUUUUAUGAUGUGCACUCAGUAAACUUAUUUUACUGAAAACAUCUAUGAAGCCCAAUAGCUAUGAUAUUUCACACAGAAUAGAAAAGAGCUGACUGUCUUCAAAUAGGUUUUUUUUUUCUUCAUGGCUUCUCAUCUUCUUCUCUCUAUAUGGGAGGAUUCACUUGUAGCUGGAUACCCAAAAUCUAUAGAUAUUAGUGACAUUAAUAAAUGAUGUUCAAUGGCCACAACUAAUUAUUAAAUUUCUUUGUGCUUUUGCACACCAAUGCACAUUCUUUUGUACUGACCAUGAAUCUCCAAUCAGAAAAUGAACAAAUACAGAGGUUAAAGAGUUUUCGGGAGGUCAUAGAUGCUUCAAGCUGUCCUUCAGGCUUUAUGUGUAUACUUGGCUUGCCUUCCUGAUAUAUGUAUUAGUCUUUAUUUUCUAUCACCAUGCAAUGCCUGUUCCUGUGACUACAGCGCGGCUAUAAAGCGCUUUGUACAAAAUAACUCAUAUUUCAACUAUGGCCAGUUCCUCUCGUCAUGACCUCAUUCGAAACCUGCCAUUCACCACCAUUUUUUCUUUUUUUUUUGCUCAAUCAACCAAAUCACUACAGUGAAGUAUUACAGUUGUACAGUUCCAUGAAUUAUACCGACUCUUAAUGUUGCUGGUCAUGGUUGCUCUGCUGUAUCUUUUUAUGACAUUAUUUUUUACAUUCUAGACAAUAUAUUGUGACUCUGUCCUAUGCAAAUAUGAGAAUUAACAAGAAUUUGUCAAAUAAUGUAUGUGUCAACUUGUAUGCAUGAAAUAGUGAAGUUUACAUUUGAAAAUAAAUGCAUAAAUAAUCAGCUUUA